CGACAGCAAGCUAAGCUGUGGAAGCCUACGACGAAGGACGGGAAAUCCAGUGAUCAAAAUCCACAAAGGAAUCCAUGGGAGCUGGGAUGAAGCGCGCGAGGGAGGAGGAACCAACCGUGCCGCUGGCGCUGUCCCUCAGCACGGACUCGGCGUCUUCCGCCGUGACGUCGGCGGACUCGGGCGCCGCUGGGCCGGCCAAGCGCAGGAGGGGCGUCGUGGUGGCGACGUCGGGGGAGGGGGAGUUCGUGUGCAAGACGUGCGGCCGGGCCUUCGCGACGUUCCAGGCGCUGGGCGGGCACCGGACCAGCCACCUCCGCGGCCGCCACGGGCUGGAGCUCGGUGUCGGCGUCGCCAGGGCAAUCAAGGAACGGAAAAAGCGCGAGGAGAAACAACACCAGUGUCACAUCUGCGGGCUGGGCUUCGAGAUGGGACAGGCGCUCGGGGGGCACAUGAGGCGGCACCGCGAGGAGAUGGCACCACGCCGCGCCGACGAUCGCUGGGUCGCGCUGCUGCCGGAUCAGGAGGUGGCGGGGCAGCAGGCCGCCGCCGACCAGCCGCCGCCCGUCUUGCUCGAGCUGUUCGUCUAGGCUGGAAAGAAGGAGAUACGCUUUGUUUUUUUUUCCUAAUGCGUGAAUGGACGUGUAAAUAUGGCAUAUAUGGGUACAUUGAUCGAUCUUGUAUUACGAAUUCAUAGCUAGCUUGUUAGAGUUUGGGUUAUUGGAAAUUUUGCUCGGUCUGGAUUUUCGGUCAUUCAUUGGCCAUCCGGCUCCUGCGAAUGCAAUGAUUUAGUGAAUCUCUUUUGCAAU